AAUAAAAAAUCUCUUUUUUUUUUGAUUAAAUUAUUUAUUAAAUCAUUAUAAAUAUUAGAAAUGGAAGAUAAUGGAUCAAAAAAGAAUAGUUUUACUGAAGAUAGUGCUUUCAUGUUUGUUCCAUUUGCAAAAUUUCUUCCUUUAAUUAAUGAAAUUGGAAAUUUUUUUAACGAAAUCAUCGAAUUAGUAGAAGCUGCUGAACACAAUAAACGAACUUGUGAAAUAUUAAAAAAUCGAGUUCGUGUUGCACAAUUAGCCGUACGAGAUCUUAGAGAUAAAAGAAAAGACAGAGAGGAUUUUUUUAAUAAAAUAAAUUAUAUACGUUUACAAGAAUUAUCUACUAUUAUAACGCAAAUUAAAAAAUUUAUAUCAGAAAUCUCUCUAAUGAAAACUUUGAUAAAAUACCUUAAAGAGAAAAGUGUUGAGAAAAUUUUUAAAGAAUUAUGUAUGGAAUUCGACAGUUGUAUUAACUUAUUGUCUUUUUCUAUUAACGUUGAAAUUGCUGAUGAACUUGAACAAUUAAAAUCCGAUCAAGAUGAUUUAUUUAAAGUAAGAUUAUAA